AUGGCCUCCUCCGAUAUCUCCUCCAUCCCAACACCAGCCCACUGCACCGCAGACUUCUGCCUAAUCCCGAUCGGCACCUCCUCCCCCUCCGUCUCCGCCCAAAUCGCCGACGUCCAACGCCUAAUCGAGAAAUCCGGUCUCAAGUACGUGAUGCACAGCGCCGGCACAACCCUCGAGGGGCCCUGGGACAAAGUUCAUCAGGUUAUUGGACAGGCGCAUACGGUUCUGCAUCAGCAGGGGAUUGUGCGCAUCCAGACGGAUGUGAGGGUUGGGUCGAGGACCGAUAAGGAACAGUCGUUCGAGGAUAAGGUGAAUAAGGUACGGCAGUUGUUGGGGAAGGAGUAA